GGGAGCUGGGCGCGCGGGAGGGAAGAAGAAUCCUGUCCGGCUGGAGGGUCAGUUUUUGGAAGCCUCUCUAAGGAAGCUAUGGAUAGAUGCAGUGAGGUUAAAUUGCUACUGAAAAAAUGGGAGGCUUUGUUUUUUCAAGAGCAUCAAAAGAGACCAACCAAGGCUGAUGCUGAAGAAGCUCCUGAAGAGAUUAAAAAAUUGUACAGAGAGUACAAAAUGCUGAAGCAAGCCAAGGGCUCUGAAUUGGAGGUGAUUUGCCAGCACAGGACUCAGGACCCUCCUACUGCUGAAGAGAUACCUGGCUCAGGUUCCUGGGGUACGCACCUGAAUCGAGGCAAGGUGAUUCCUAAACUGACCCCCAAAGCUCAAGACAUACUCCAGUCUUCUGUGCAGUAUUUUGGGAUGAAGCUGAAACACAACCUGGGAGCAGCUAUUAAGGAGCAUCCUGUAACCUUAAGAAGGUCCCUCACUCCCAGGAGGAAGUCAGCCACAUUGUCACAGAAGGACUUGCACCAAACCUCCAAGGCCGUGCCUUCCAAAACUCCAGAGGCUUCUUCGUUGACGCAUAGCCUGGAUGAGUUGCCUGGCCCCGAUGCUGAAGAACUUGCAGGCCUCUUUCCUUCCUUUCUGGGGCCAACUCCUGCCAAGCUCCCCUCCUCUGAUCCGAAGCCAAGAUUGCCGUCGCUGGAUAGAUUUCAGGAGCUGAAACAGACGGUGGCCAAGCGGCUGAGCAGCCUGGAUGCCGGGUGGCUGGACAGGUGCCAGGGGGCAAACCUGCAUCCUACGGGGGGACUAAAAGAAGACUGCUGUCCUGGGGGAACCAGCGGAGCAGCUCAAAGCCAGGGAUCACUAGAACGCACUUCCAUGGGAAAUGUUCCUCCCUUCCAUAGUGGGGAGAGAGAGCUGGGAACAUACAGUAAUUCUCCCAGAGGACACUGCCAAGAAGACUUCCUGAAAGGGAAGCCCCUCUGCCAAGGUGUUGCAGACGAGCGCAGGCCAAGUGUGCAAGAUAGCCAAGCUGUAGGUGUGAUGCCAAGCAAAGAGGGGACAAGCUCAGCAAUCACUGAAAGCAGCACCGUGUCUUCCGGUGUCAAGCAUAUUCACAGUAAACUGGAUCCCACUCAGAAAACAGACGUGCAGCCUCUGAAGGAAAGGACGGGAAGUGCUUUUUGUGAAGCUGAGGACAGGCAUAGUCCUAAGAAGAGAGAAAAAGCCUCUUGCCAGAAGAGCCUGCAGGUUACCAGAGCUCAUGAAGACAGUAGUAUAGACAGUUCCAAAGGUGGCAACUCAGGUGUGAAGCGCAGGAGAACUAAAGAAUUAGCCAGGGACAGCCCAGUUAAAAAACGAUGUCGUGUCAGUCAAAAGCAACGGCUCAGUGAAUAUGACUUUGACUGUCAGGACACUGCAGAAGUGCAAGAGGAAGAAGGGAUAGCUGCCCCCAUCCAUUCAGAAAACCUACUUGGGGAAGUCGAGGAGGAGAAUUCUAAAAGGAAUGGGCAGUCCGUCAUCCCAGCCAGCAGGACCCCAUCCAAGAAAGAUGGCAACUUUGUCCGUCUCAAUCUCAAGAAGAAAUCCCAUGUGAAAGGAUACGCCUUGAAAGGAAGACUGCUUCGCAAGCAGGUAUGGAAGCAGAAGUGGCAAAAAAAGGGAGAACAGUUUGGAGGGGGCGGACGGCACUUGGACCGGAGCUGCGAUACUUGCUUCAGAUGCGGAGGGCUUGGUCACUGGGCUUCACAGUGCAAGGGCAGAGAACAGCUCCCAGCCAGUGAUCCCCCACAGGAUGGAAAUGGCUGUGCCGCAGAAGAGGCGGUGCCGCUGCUCACUCUAGAAGAAGUGGCUGAGAUGACCAACACAGCCUACAGCAAGAUCUCAGCUGAAGUGAGUGAGAGCAGCCCAAAACAGCUUGCACAGGAGGAAGAGGGUUACCUGCUUGUGCAGAGGCCUGUGUAUGAUCUUCCCCCUCCACCUGCACCAGUGCGGCCUCUCUGCGAGCUGGGGCAAGAUGGGAAGGUGAGAGAGACCCCUCCUGAAGUGUUCCGUGCUCUGUCUGAGCUGGGCUACACCUCCUUCCGACCAGGACAAGAAACUGCGGUGAUGAGGAUACUCUCAGGGCUCUCAACACUGGUGCUCCUGUCAACAGGAAUGGGCAAAUCUCUCUGUUACCAGCUUCCUGCAUACCUGUACGCAAAGCGGUCUGAAUGCAUCACAUUGGUAAUAUCCCCACUGGUGUCCUUGAUGGAUGACCAAGUAUCUGGUCUUCCCCAGCGCCUUAAAGCAGUCUGCAUACACUCCAAUAUGUCCAAGGCCCAGAGAGAGGCUGCUAUGGAAAGGGUAAAGGCCGGGAAGGUCCACGUGCUCUUGCUGUCCCCAGAGGCCCUAGUUGGGGGGGGCUUCUCUGGCUCCAGCUGCCUCCCCCCUGCAGAUCAGCUCCCCCCAGUGGCUUUUGCCUGCAUCGAUGAAGCCCACUGUGUCUCAGAGUGGUCCCACAAUUUCCGCCCUUGUUAUUUGCGGCUCUGCAAGGUUCUUCGGGACCGCUUGGGUGUGCGCUGCUUCUUGGGCUUGACGGCCACUGCCACAGUGUCUACAGCACAGGACGUAGCUCAUCACUUGGGCAUCCCAGAGGGCGAGGGGAUUGCUGUGCGCUCCGCUGCUGUCCCGCCAAACCUGCAUCUCUCUGUCUCUAUGGACAGAGACAAAGACCAGGCCCUGGUGCGCUUGCUGCAAGGAGGGAGGUUUGGGAGCCUGGACUCGGUCAUCGUUUACUGUACACGCCGAGAAGAGACGACUCGGAUUGCAGCGCUGAUCCGCACGUGUCUCCAGGGUGUAAAGCUGAAGGAACCUGCUGCUGCGGAGGGGCAGGAGGAAGAUGACAAUGCCACCGGGAGGAGGAAGAAGGCAAAGGCUAAAAAGAGCAUUCGCCGUCCCUUGAAAUGGAUCGCCGAUUCCUAUCAUGCUGGAAUGUCUGCUGCUGAGCGCCGUCGUGUGCAGAACAACUUCAUGUCUGGCCAGCUGCGGGUGGUGGUGGCCACAGUGGCCUUUGGCAUGGGACUGGACAAGUCUGAUGUGCGCGGUGUGGUGCACUACAACAUGCCCAAGAACUUUGAGAGUUAUGUGCAGGAGAUCGGGCGGGCAGGAAGAGAUGGCAAGCCAGCCCAGUGCCACCUCUUCCUACAUCCAGAGGGUGAGGAUCUGCAUGAGCUGAGGAGACACGUCUACGCGGACACCGUUGACUACUUGGCCACGAAGAGGCUGGUGCAGAAGGUUUUCCCUCGCUGCAAGUGCCGGGAACUUCACCAGAGACAGCAGGAGAUCAACAAGAGCCCUGAAGUGGAGGAUGCAGAGAUGUUGGCUGUUUUGGACACAAGUAGGGAGGAGCAGCUUGACCUCGAGGGUGGAAAGCCAAGAGCGUGCCACAAACAUGAGCGGGCCGUUCCCAUACAACCAACGGUGGAGGCCCUGGACUUCCGAGAAGAAGGCAUAGAGACGCUUCUGUGUUACCUGGAAUUGCACCCCCAGCACUGGGUGGAGCUGCUGCACCCCACCUUCUCCUCGUGCCGGGUGGUGUGCUAUGGCGGACCUCAAGAGCUGCGUACAGUUGCUCGAAGGUGCCCCCCUCUGGCAGUCUGCCUGGCCCAGCAGCGCCUCAGAGGGAUUGAUCUCACACACGCCAGUUCUGUGGAGUUUGAUGUCAUUGAGCUGGCUGACUCCAUGGGCUGGGAGGUCCUGCCUGUGAAACGUGCCCUUCGCCAGCUGCAAUGGAACCUGCAGCAGCAGAAUGGUUCCCACGUGCCUGGGAGGAGCAGAGUCCUGGUGGAGUUCAGCGAGCUCUCCUUCCACCUGCGCUCCUAUGGCGAUCUCACCGGUCGGGAGCUGGACUCUGUGUGUGACUUCCUGCACUGCCGCGUGAUGGGCCGUGAAAAGGCAGCCCUCCGCCAGCUCCAGCUUUGCUUCCAAGCCUUCCAGAGUGUGGCUUUCCAAUCCAGUGCCUUGUGUUCUGGCUGUGGGGACGAGGGGAGGAGCUCCCAACUGAAGUCCCUGCUGAUGGAUUAUUUUGAGAAGGAGAGGAUGCGAAAGGAGGCAGGCCCUGAGUUCCAGGAUGGAGAGCAGGGCAUUGAGAGUCUUCAGGAUGCUAAACUACGGGAUUGGGAGGAGCAGAUCCGAGCUGACAUCCGCCAGUUCCUGUCCAUCCGCCAAGAUGAGAAGUUCUCAGGCAGGGCCGUGGCCAGGGUGUUCCAUGGCAUCGGGAGUCCCCGUUAUCCUGCACAAGUUUAUGGCAGAGAUCGGCGUUUCUGGAGGAAGUACAUCCAUUUUGACUUCAACAAGAUCAUGCAGUUGGCCACGAAAGAAAUCAUCCACUGGAAAUGACUUAGCCUGCAUGGGUAUGUCCGUUGCCAAAGAGACAUGCUGAAGACACAGGUGCCCAGCACUUCAGGUUUCCCUCGAGCCUGUGUGUGGAUUGUCUUAAUUGCAGAAUGAAACCAACUACAUGCCAGUCCAUAAUCACAGGCCCGGGACCCCAUGGGCUGUCCUCCCAGCCUGUAGGUUGCCUCAGGCUUCUCUGCACCGGCUUCUCCAUUACCUUGGAGUCAUUUGUUUUGUUUUUCAUUUCCACAUACCUGCUUCAUUCUGCUGGCAGUGGUGCAUUCCCUACAGCACAAGGAAACCUCCCCUGAUGCAAGCGAGCCGUUGAGGCUCUAUUAGCCUCCUGCAUUGGAGGAAGCAGAAAGGAUCCACGGGAAGCCCGUCUAUGGUGUAUAAAUCCUCUUCUUUUAAUGACUGUUCUUUUAUUGGACUGUUCUGAUAAAGGGCUUGUUUUGACUCAAGGGAGGGUUUCUAAGAUUCCCUUUUCUAUCUUUUUUUCUUAGAGAUUCUUAUUAUUUUUAUUUCCAUGCUCAACUCUAAGCGCAGUGUAGUAAAUCUCGACGGGUGUUGCUGAACGCCUUCCCUUCCGCCUUCAGAUGCAGGUGUUGGGGGUGGGGAGGAAGGCCGGGUUGCUGGCAACGGGGGAGAGGAUUCGCACUGAGUGCUUGCUCCCGGAUAAGAUGCUUGGAGCCGACUUGCUGGCCAUCUUCCGCAAGAAAAAGCAAGCAGUCCUGCGUGUGCCGCUGCAGUUGGAAUCAGACCCCUUUUUGACCUGUGUCAGGCUGGGUGGAGGGGGGUGGGGUUCCAGGUGAGGAUUGUUUUUGUGUGAUAAAUUUUAUCCUCAGUUGAUAAUCUG